GCGAGGCUGGCAUAAACCAAUAAAGCGAAGUUGUGCUAUGGAUAUUUUAUUAAAGUCUGUCAGAAACUAAGGAGAAGGGAACAGGGAACAGUUCAGUAGAUAGUGCUAUUAGAAAUCUGAGUUAGACACCGGAGCUAAGAUUUUCUACAGAUUUUCUUACAGACCUGUAGAGGUUCGACAAAUUUAGCCAUCCGUAGGAGGUUGGCUAAAUUUAUAGACAACAGGUGAGCAUGGUUGGAGUUGAGUUUUUGGAGCUGUUGGCUAAAUUUUUUUAUUUUAAGACCUCCUUAUACUCAAAACACUUAUUUAAGAUCUGGUAGAGGAUUUUAUGGGGCCAAGAUGGAAAGGAAAAGAGGCAGAAGCUAAAGCUCUUGCUGAUCCAAUUAGCAAGAUUGUAUCUCAGCUACAAUCAUCUCUAGUUCAUUCAGAUUCCCAAGGAAUACUUUCUGGCUGUAGCGUACUUCUUGCAGUGAAUGCAGAACAAACUAAACUUCUAAAUCACACGUGUUUUGGUGUACCAAUCAUCACAGCUGAGAAGGAUAAGCAAUGGUUUCAGUUGAGCCUGGAGGAAGCGUUUUACUUGUGCUAUUCUUUAAAUUGUCUCAAAGUUGUAGGUGAAGAUAAUCUUAUCAAGGACAAUAAUCAAUUGUGGAGUUAUAUGGUAAGCAAGAAAGAAACGUUCCCUGCUUUCUACAGGGCUUAUUCUCAUCUCCGAAUGAAAAAUUGGGUGGUGAGAUCAGGAUCUCAAUACGGUGUCGAUUUUGUAGCCUACCGCCACCAUCCAUCUCUAGUUCAUGCUGAAUAUGCCGUGCUUGUUUCAGCAGAAUUAGAAUGUAACGGAAGUGGUAGAUUGAAGGUCUGGUCUGAUAUGCAUUGCACUCUCCGGCUUUGUGGCGGUGUUGCCAAGACAUUGUUAAUUCUCCAUGUCACCAGUAACAGUAAGAUCCAAACAUCUCCCUUGUGCUUGGAAAGUUAUACUGUCGAAGAGAGAACCAUUACUAGAUGGAUUCCUGAGCAUUGUCGCGAGGACCAAAAACAAGUUCAGAAAUGGACUUUAUAAACUUUGAACUAUGUCAGCCAGCUAUAUCCUUCUACAUAAAGUUGUUCUUGAUAUCUGGAAAAUCCCCAAAACAUUGAUUCGUUGAACACUUAUGUUUUCCUGAUAGCAAUGGCAUUUGUACCAUAUUUGAGGUAGUCAUUAUGAUGAAUAGUUAUUGUCACG